AUUCUUUUUAAUAGUCGGACGCAAAAUGAAGGUCAUCCAAAAUGGUUCGUUCUGGGUGUUGGACAAGUCAUAAAAGGGUUAGAUAUUGCUAUGAUGAAUAUGUGUCCUGGAGAAAAACGGAAAGUGAUCAUUCCUCCAUCAUUAGCAUAUGGACAGCAAGGAUAUGCACAGGCAAAGAUUCCACCCAAUGCGACACUGAUCUUUGAGAUUGAACUUUAUGCAGUAAAUAAGGGACCUCGCAGUGUUGAAGCAUUUAAUCAAAUAGACAAGGACAGUGACAAGAAGCUCUCUGAACUUGAGAUAAGCCAGUAUUUGAAAGAAGAAUUUGCAAGAGAUGGUAAAAAACGUCAUCCCUCAGUCCAUGAUGAAAUCUUAGCUGAUAUAUUUAAGAAGAAUGACCAUGAUGGAGAUGGUUUCAUAUCAGCAAAGGAGUACAAUGUCUACCAGCAUGAUGAACUCUAAGUACUAAUAAAAAAAUCUUUGGCUGUUUUCUGGACACUGAAUUUUAAAUAAUAAUACUUUGUCAAAGAAUUUUUAGUAUUUUUUUAAAAGUGGCAUCUUUUUAUAUCUCUUAAGAUAACUGUAAAAAUCUUAUUUUUAACAUUCAACUAAUAAAAUGUGUUAGAUAUUUCAAAA